AUGAGCAUUGCAGUGACCUCUGGACAAGGAUCCCCACGGAAGCCUCUCACAGAGACCUCCAUAGAGACUAGGACCUCCACAAACACAUCCAACAAGGACCUCAACGAGAUUUCUGCCUGGAACUCUGCAGACAUCUCUGACAAGGUCCCCAAAGGAGCAUAUGCCCCUGCCAAGCAGCAGAUGGAAAACAGUGGUCUACCAGUGGACACAUUCUGUUUGCAGCCCCCUGCUCCCUAUCUGGGCACUGUCUCUUCCACCCUUAGUCCUGAGGAGAAAUGGUGGCAGAAUGAGGGUCACAGCUGCAUUGUCAAUGACACGAGGGGGCGGGGUCUGGAUCCCUAUGCAAUCAGUGGUGAUGCGGUGAAAACUGCCCAAUCAGGCACGCAGCCAGAGAGGAAGGGGCGGCUUCCGGGAUGUGGCGGGGCCUUUGUCUCUCACAUCCGGGUGUCCGCUGCUUGGUCGGACUGUACUGCUCCCGGUCCUCUGCUGCUGGAGGCCCGGGUGGCUCUGCGGCAGCCUCUGUCGCCCCGUGACCUGAAGGUCCUGAGAGAUCCGUGGGGAGGAGCCGGACACCCGAGAGCUGGGAAAUGGGCAGCUCGGCCCGGGUCUCCACCAGCUCAGGGAGGGGCUGGGCCAGCACCGGGAGCCCCAGGUCCUGUCGCGUCCCCGCAGCGGCUGGCCGGGUCAGGGCCCUCCCUGGGCUGCUCCGUCCCCAGCCCCGCGUCUCCAGGAGUGCGGAGACCACGGGAGAGUCGUGCGGAGGAUCCGACCCGUGACUCAGUUGCCUUUGAGGAUGUGGCUGUGAACUUCACUCAGGAAGAAUGGGCUUUGCUGAAUCCUUCCCAGAAGAAUCUGUAUAGAGAUGUGAUGCAGGAAACCUUCAGCAAUCUGGCUUCUAUAGGAAGCAAAGGAGAAGACCAAAGCAUUGAAGAUCAGUAUAAAAAUUCUUGGAGAAAUCUAACGCACAUCAUGUAUCACUCUGGAAGCAAAUCAUAUGAUUGUGAGGCAUGUGGAAAGAAGCCAUAUAAAUGUAAACAAUAUCAGAAAACCUUCACUUUCAAAAGAGUUCAAAGAGACAUAGUAAUGCAUACUGAAAAUGGACAUAAUUGUACUGUAUGUGGGAAAAUCAAAGAUUUUCCCAAUUCAUUUAGAAGGCACCAAAGAGCUCACACUGGAGAAAAACCCCAUGAAUGUAAGAAAUGUGGGAAAGCAUUCAGUUUUUCCUGUUCUCUUAAUAGACGUAAAAGGAUUCACACUGGAGAAAAAUCCUGUGAAUGUAGGCAAUGUGAGAAAGCCUUUAGUCGUUCCAAUGACCUUCGUGACCAUGAAAGAACUCAUACUGGAGAGAAACCAUAUGAAUGCAAGGAAUGUGGGAAAGCAUUCAGUUGGUUCAGUUCCCUUCAGAAUCAUGAAAGAACUCAUACUGGAGUGAAACCCUAUGAAUGUGAGGAAUGUGGUAAAGCCUUCAGUUGGCUGUAUUCCUUGCAAGGACAUAUAAAAGCUUAUGCUGGUGAAAAACACUACGCAUGUAAGAAAUGCGGUAAGGCCUUUAGAUAUUUCAAUUCCAUUCAAAAACAUGAAAAAACUCACACUGCACAAAAAUCCUAUGAAUGUAAGAACUGUAAGAAACACUUCAGAUGUUUCCGUUUUCUUCAAAUACAUGAAAGGAUUCAUACUGGAGAAAAGCCCUAUGAGUGUAAAAGAUGUGGUAAAAGCUUCAGUCGAUAUAGUUCCUGUCGAAAACAUGAAAAGUCACAUGCUGGAGAGAAACUCUGA